GGGGCUGCUUUGCCAUGGUAUUCAGUGACCAAGACAGGUUGAUACGCCAUUCGAUCCUUUCGGAUUUUAGAGCAUAUCUACAUUAUAGAUUUGGAUUCAGGAUUUUUCGGAUCCUAUAGGUAGAAUAGUACAUCCACCAGUCCGAUUAUGAGUGACGCGUUUUACCUUUAUGAGAAACACCCUCUCCGCUUUAAAGGCAGUGCAUAGAACUUACCCGGCAAUGCCUACGAACGCGUGGCGACAUGUGAGCAUUUCGAGAGAAGGACCGAAAUCUACCGACCCUUGGCCGUAUCACGUCGUUUAUGUGGGUGGAUUCAGUUUUACAAAAUGACUAUCAUCUCAACGUAUUGCAGUAUGCAUCUAUAACAUUAACAUUUACUAUGGAUGAGACCGGUAGUCUACAACCUGCAACUGUCGAAGUUUAUGGUUUGAGUUUUUUUCCAAACCAUUUAGGUAUAUGUUCCCUCGAUCCUGGCCUGCAGAUCGCAGUUAUUCCUCCCUAUGUAUAUGCAUCUACAAACAUGCAUGUAAACUGGUGUACUACAAUAUUGAUUGUGACGUUUUCACAUCCCAAUCACUAUUUAUUUUCAGAUUCCCACACAUCCGAGAGAAUUUUGAAACAGGCUUAGUUUUCAUACAUAUUGUUUUAUUUCAGGAUGAUCAAGAGGCUAUGGAUU